AGUGAUCCAUCUUUCAGAAGUCAUGACUCAUCGUGGAUGUCAUUUGCUCCCUUUUAUAUCCGACAAAAGAUGCACAUUCAGUUACAAUUUCAAGCUCUCUCUACAGAUGGCAUCUUGUUUUAUACUGCACAGCACCUCCACAGUCGGUCAGGUGAUUUUUUAUGUCUAUCACUAACUAGAGGUUCUGUUCAGCUGCGCUACAACCUUGGGGACAGAACAGUCAUUUUACAAUCCUUACAAAAAAUCCACACUGGCAGGGGUUUCUGGCACACGAUUAAGGCAGGAAGAGUUGGCAAUGAAGGCUACCUGGAGCUGGAUGGCAUCAAUGUCACUAAAGGAGCCACUGCUGGCAUGAGAGCCCUGGACACAAGUACGGACUUUUACAUUGGAGGAGUGUCGUCCUUAAGCCUUGUUAACCCUAUGGCCAUAGAGAAUGAACCUGUUGGAUUUAAUGGUUGUGUUCGAGAAAUUCUCAUAAAUGGUAGGGAAUUAAAAUUAACCGAAGCAGGAGCUAAACGUGGUUCCAACGUAGGUGACUGUGAUGGAACUCCCUGUGGGUAUAAGGUGUGUGAGAAUAAAGGACAGUGUAGAGCACAAGGUUCAAAGUUCUCUUGUAAAUGCUUACAACCCUGGAUAGGAAAGAGGUGCGAAGAGUCAGCAAACUGUCGGAAUAAUUUGUGUCUACACCAUUCUCGUUGUAUACCUGUUCAGCCUGCUGCUUACAUUUGUUUGUGUCCACUGGGUUGGGUGGGUAGAUACUGUGAGAACAAAACCUCAUUUAUUACAGCAAAAUUUGUUGGUAACUCUUAUAUUAAGUACACUGAUCCAAAUUACGAAAAGAGGGACCUUCGGUUCACCGCUGUAUCUUUAAAUUUCAGCACAACUAUCACCGAAGGAUUAAUUUUAUGGAUGGGAAAAGCUGAACAUGAAGAAAAUGACUUUCUGGCCAUUGGGGUCCAUAACCGAACCCUAAAAGUGAUGGUUAACUUGGGAGAAAGAAUAUCCGUGCCCUUGCUGAAUAGUAGUGCUUUCUUAUAUUACAAACAAUGGCAUCAUGUAAAGGUAGUGCAAAACCAGACUUAUUUCAAAGUCUACCUGGAUGGUGAUCUAAUUCUCUUUGAAGAUAUUGAUCCAACCAAAAACUACAUUGCUUUGAAUUACGGUGGUGUUAGCUAUUUAGGUGGUUUUGAAUUUGGUCGGGGAGUAAACAUGGUUACUCAAGGACUUUUUAACCGAGAUUUUAUUGGCAAAAUUAAAGAUGUGGUAUUUUUUCAAGAUCAAAAAAAAAUCGAGCUAAUUAAAUCAGAAGGAUAUAAUAUUUAUAAUGGAGAUGAAUAAAAGUAAUUGUUAACCAAGGAUGCUUUGAUAGGCAAAAUAGACCUAAAGAUUAGAAUCGUUAGUUAUCUUCAUGUUGCCUAAGCUACUUAAAUUAUAGUGGCUAUGAAAUAGUUUAAUUUUAUUUUAGCAAUACUUUCUUGGGAAAAUAUUGAGAACUAUUUAAAAUCAUUACUGCAUUUAAAAUUUAGAGGCAAUAUUGUCUUAAAUGUUUUACUCUAUUUAGAAUUCAAUGUCAGUAUUUAUGCUGUCGUUUGCUAAGUAAAUUCAAUUAAUUUGUUAAGCUACCUUCUUUACUAUCAGAAGUCACUUUACCUUAAAAAAUUAACUUUUAACAUUGUUCUUCAAACGUAAGGCUUAACGGUAGUAUUGGCGCAAAAGAUGUUGAUUUUCAGAUCUUGAUUUUCUAAAUAUUGAUUUUACCAAAACACCCAGCUAUGCUAUUGUACCGUGAAGUUGUAUUACAUUUUAGAAUGUGAGUUCUCUGAAGUCAGAAUUUUUUUCUUAUUGUUUUGCCUUUAUGUUCCCAGAUUCAUACAGUACUUAGCUUAGGCACUUAAUAAAUAUUUAUUGAAGUUGGCU